AUGAGUGCCGCUCAAUUGGCUGUCACAUCUGGUCUAUUCUGGACCAUCAAUAAUCGCACCUGGACCGAAACGAACGAACACACAGGAGAUACUCCAUACAAUGACACUACGCUAACUGGGGGAAAAGCCAUUCCAAACUACGACAUUGCUUUUCAAAAUGACGGAUGGGACCCUGAGCUCAACGUUUAUGCAGCUAAGAUGGGAGAAGUGAUCGAUAUUAUUCUCGUGAAUGAGCCGGCUGGGAAUUUCAGCGGAUAUGAUGCACAUCCAUUCCACUUCCAUGGUGCUCACGUAUAA